AUAGAGAGAAGUUUGCUGCAGCAAUGGCAAGAACCAAGCAGACCGCUCGUAAAUCCACCGGUGGUAAAGCCCCGAGGAAGCAGCUCGCUACCAAAGCCGCCCGUAAGAGCGCUCCGGCCACCGGCGGCGUCAAAAAGCCCCAUCGCUACAGGCCCGGGACCGUGGCUCUCCGAGAGAUCCGCCGCUAUCAGAAGUCCACCGAGCUGCUGAUCCGCAAACUGCCCUUCCAGCGGCUGGUGAGAGAAAUCGCUCAGGACUUCAAGACAGAUCUGCGCUUCCAGAGCUCCGCUGUCAUGGCCCUGCAGGAGGCCAGCGAGGCUUAUUUGGUCGGUCUGUUUGAGGACACCAACCUGUGCGCCAUCCACGCCAAGAGAGUCACCAUCAUGCCCAAAGACAUUCAGCUGGCCCGCCGCAUCCGCGGAGAGCGCGCCUAAAUCCAUAUCAACCACAUCAAACCCCAAAGGCUCUUUUAAGAGCCACCAAAAUCAGACUGAAUGAAAAUUUCCAAUGUAAUGCUUAAAAUAACGAAUAUUUUAAUAACUUAAGUCUGAAUAAUAAGCAACAUAAAGGGAGCGGGCGAUCGUUUAACCCGCAUAUGCUGUUGGGUGAAUUUGACCCGUUUUAAUUUGAGUUGAAACGUAAAUUAACCCUUUAUUUUUAUUUAUUUUUUUUCUUAGAAAUUGUGAUUAACCCAAUUAGGGUCAUGAACAUACAUGCAAAGUUUCAACACGCUGAUGUGUUGUGAAAGGUGCAUAGGCUACAGAAACUUUAUACUUUCUUACUGUUCGUGGGCCAAUUUUACCCAUAUAAACAGCAACUCAAAAACUAGACCCAAAAUACAAACCACUUCUGUGUUGUAAGUCACAGCUCUUCAACUCUAGUCCUGAAGUGCCAGUGUCUUGCUGAGUUUAACAACUUUUUAUUUUCAAAGUUUUUGAAAAUAUAAAGUUGUUUUACCUGUUAAUUGUCUGUCCCACUUUUUGAUCAUAGAUAUGAAAAUGACUUUUCCAACUUUUUUUUUUAAAAUCUUGAAUACUUCAGUUUGGCAUCUUUUUAAAGGGAACUUUACAGAUUAUUGUAGAAGGUAAAAAAAAAAAAAAAUGGAAAAUUAAAGUUUAAAAAAAGUUGUAGAAGUUUAUGAAAAUUUAAAACAUAUAUUUUAUAUAAAAUAAUUAUUUUACUGAACAUGUUUGUAACAUCUGCAUCCGCCAUCCAUUCCUCCAACCGCCAGAGGGAGCCAUCUCCCGAAUACUGAACACUGCCGGAUCUUCUCUCUUCACUUCCUGUCUCUACCUGUUAUAAGCCAUGUUGUUUGUACAUCAUGUUGCGAAGUAUUGUCAGUUUACCCUGUCUCUACCAAGCGUUCAUAUUACCCUGUUUGUUUGCCACGUGUAUGUCUCUGCUUGUUUAUGAACGCAACUUUUGGAUUACUGUUUUGGAUUAGUUUGCUGUCUGGACUGCCGCUAUUGUUAUUGACCCUUUGCUUGUUUGUUGACCACACUUCCUGCUCUGAAUCUAACUUUGUACUGUUGUGCUGAAUACAACUGGAUUCAAAUAUUCAACCGAGUCAGUCAUCGUUGCAAUGUUCAACUCUAAAACUUCAAGACAAUCAAACUAAAUAUCUGAACAAGGUCUGUUCCAAGUUUUA